GAGGCCGCCGGGAGGGCGGGUCGCGCAGGGCGGUGCCCGAACAGCCCCGCAGGAGGAAGAUGGCGCCGUGAGGGGGUCGGAGCCGCCGCUGCCGCCGCCCCGGCCGAUCGAGCGACAGCAUGGCUGCGACUGCUGCCGUCAGCCCCAGUGAAUACCUGCAGCCAGCUGCCUCCACUGCCCAGGACUCCCAGCCGUCUCCGCUCGCCCUCCUCGCAGCAACAUGUAGCAAAAUUGGUCCCCCAGCAGUGGAAGCCGCCGUGACUCCUCCUGCCCCUCCUCAGCCAACGCCUCGCAAACUUGUCCCCAUCAAACCUGCUCCUCUCCCUCUGGGCUCUGGUAAGAACAGCUUCGGGAUCCUGUCGUCGAAAGGGAAUCUCUUCCAGAUCCAGGGCUCCCAGGUUGGCACCUCCUACCCCGGGGGGCAGCUGGUUUUUGCCAUUCAGAACCCAACUGUCAUCAGCAAAGGGACUCGUUCAUCUGCAAACAUCCAGUACCAGACGGUGCCCCAGAUCCAGGCUGCAGGGGGACAGACCAUCCAAGUCCAGCCCAACCUCACCAACCAGAUCCAAAUUAUUCCAGGCACAAAUCAGGCCAUUCUCACCCCAUCCUCAUCCUCUCACAAGCCAGUGCCCAUCAAGCCAGCACCAGCACAGAAAAGUGGAGCUUCACCGGUGCAGGGCUCGAGCAACGUGGUCAAGUUAACCGGUGGCAGCAACGUGACUCUUACCCUGCCUGUGAACAACCUGGUGAACGCUGCAGAGUCAAGCACACAGGCUCAGGUCAUUGCAGAGAGCCCCUCAAAGCCUGGCAAAAAGACUCGAAAGAAAGCCAUGUCACCCAGCCAGCCCUCCACCGUGGCUGUGACUGAGCAGGUGGAGACAGUGUUGAUAGAGACGACGGCGGAGAACAUCAUCCAGGCGGGGAACAACCUGCUGAUCGUGCAGAGCCCAGGCUCUGGCCAGCCUGCCGUGGUGCAGCAGGUGCAGGUGGUACAGCCCAAGCAGGAGUCACAGGUGGUGCAGAUCCCACAGCAGGCCCUGCGUGUGGUCCAGGCUGCCUCAGCCACGCUCCCCACCGUCCCCCAGAAGUCCUCCCAGAAUAUCCAGAUCCAGACGACAGAGUCCACUCCUACGCAGGUUUAUUUCAAAACACCAUCGGGUGAACUGCAAACAGUGCUGCUCCAGGAAGCCCCAGCCGUGACAGUGGCUCCAUCCAGCACCUCCUGCAGCAGCCCUGUAUCCCGCAACUCUGGCACAGCAUCCAGCAGCAAGAAACCAACCGCACGCAAGGAGCGCCCGCUGCCAAAGAUCGCGCCUGCCGGAGGAGUCAUCAGCUUGAGUGCAGCCCAGCUGGCAGCUGCAGCACAGGCCAUGCAGACCAUCAACAUCAACGGAGUGCAGGUCCAGGGUGUGCCUGUCACCAUCACCAAUUCUGGAGGCCAGCAGCAGCUGACUGUGCAGAACGUCUCUGGCAACAAUCUGACCAUCAGUGGCCUGAGCCCGACCCAGAUCCAGCUCCAGAUGGAGCAAGCACUGGCCGGGGAGAUGCAACCAGGAGAAAAGCGACGGCGGAUGGCGUGCACCUGCCCCAACUGCAAGGAUGGGGAGAAGAGGCCGGGGGACCAAGGGAAGAAGAAGCACAUCUGCCACAUCCCCGAAUGCGGGCGGACCUUCCGCAAGACCUCUCUGCUGCGUGCUCACGUGCGCCUGCACACGGGUGAACGUCCUUUUGUCUGCAACUGGGUGUUCUGUGGGAAGCGCUUCACACGCAGCGAUGAGCUGCAGCGGCACGCGCGCACACACACAGGCGACAAGAGAUUCGAGUGCGCGCAGUGCCAGAAGCGCUUCAUGCGGAGCGACCACCUGACGAAGCACUAUAAAACCCACCUGAUCACCAAGAACUUGUAGGGCUGGGAGCCACGUCUUGAACAAACCCCCCCCCCCCUCCACCUUGAGGGGUCACGGUGAGGAUCCACCAGGCACCGACCUGUCACCCUACCGCCCUCACAGCACUCCAGUCUCUCCGGUCGCCCUUUGAGGGCAGCCGUGUCCCCUUCAGCACAGCUCUUGGGGACGUCCUCUGCCACCGUGUGGGCCUCACGCAGAAGCAGCAGCCCUCGCAGAGGGGCCGAUCCCCUCGUGGAGCCGUGGGGCAAAGCACCCGGCGUGGCCCCGGCACAGCGGGCAUGCAGGGCUUGGCACACACCAGGGGCUGCACCCUCCGAUGCGGGAGGGCCGAGAACGCCUCCACAGCACAUUCCUACUUUAUAUUUAAAAUCUAUAAAUAGUUAUAAAUAUCUAUAUAAACCCCUUUGGAAGAUCCCUUUUUUUCUAUGGAGAUCGUUGCCUUACGCUCCCCGUUCCCGAUUACCAACACUGUGUAUGGUGAGUGCUUUUUUUUCCACAUCUUUAUUUAAUUGCUCCCUCCUCA